AUGGUCAAGGAAACGAAAUUUUAUGAUCUAUUGGGCGUUUCGCCAUCGGCAUCCGAUACUGAAUUAAAGAAGGCUUAUAGAAAAGCAGCUUUAAAAUACCAUCCAGAUAAAAACGCAUCUCCAGAGGCCGCUGAAAAAUUUAAAGAGAUUUCUAGAGCAUAUGAGGUAUUAUCAGAUGAUGAAAAAAGAGAAGCGUAUGAUUCGUUUGGUGAAGAAGGUUUAUCAGGUGCUGGAGGAAUGGGAGGAAUGGGAGCAGAAGAUAUAUUUUCUCAAUUCUUUGGUGGUGGUUUUGGUGGCAUGGGUGGUGGAGCUUCUCGUGGGCCCACCAAAGGAAAAGAUAUCAAACAUUCGAUUUCGUGUACUUUAGAGGAGUUGUAUAAAGGUAGAACAGCUAAGUUGGCAUUGAACAAGACUGUUUUAUGUAAAGAAUGUGACGGUCGUGGAGGUAAAGAGGGCAAAAUCAAGCAAUGUACUUCUUGUCAUGGUCAAGGUAUGAAAUUUGUCACCAGGCAGAUGGGUCCUAUGAUUCAAAGAUUUCAAACGGUAUGUGAUGUAUGUCAAGGAACCGGUGAUAUUUGUGAUCCUAAGGAUCGUUGCGCAGCUUGUAAAGGUAAGAAAACCCAGACAGAGCGUAAAAUUUUACAAGUUCAUAUUGAUCCAGGUAUGAAAGAUGGUCAAAGAAUUGUUUUUAGCGGCGAAGGUGAUCAAGAGCCUGGUAUCACUCCAGGCGAUGUGAUCUUUGUUGUUGAUGAGAAGCCAAAUGAUAAAUUCACAAGGAAAGGUAAUGAUUUAUAUUAUGAAGCUGAAAUUGAUUUAUUGACGGCAUUAGCUGGUGGAGAGCUUGCAUUUAAACAUGUAUCUGGUGAAUUUAUUAGGACUUCGAUAAUUGCGGGCGAAGUUAUUUCCCCAGGCUCACAAAAAGUCAUCGAAAAUCAAGGUAUGCCUGUUUACAGACAUGGUGGUAAAGGUAAUUUAUUUAUUAAGUUUACUGUUAAAUUCCCUAAGAAUCAUUUUGCAGAUGAAGAAAAGUUGAAGGCAUUAGAAAGUAUUCUUCCCCCAAGAUCUAAGGUCACUAUACCAAAGGGUGUGGAAGUUGAUGAUUGCGAUUUGGUGGACGUAGACCCUAGGAAGCACACUGCUGGAAAUAGACGUGAUGCUUAUGAUUCUGAUGAAGAAGAAGGUGGUGCUGGUCCUGGUGUUCAAUGUGCUUCUCAAUAG